UAUAUUAAUAAAUUGUUAUUUAAUCUUUUUAAUUAUUAUUUUCUAAUAUCAUUUAUUAUUAAAUUUCGUACCUGAAAAAAAAUGUUUGAAAUACAAAAUAUAUAUUUUAACAAAUUUAAUUUAAAAAUAUGUUUUUUGAUAAAAAAAUAAAUUCUUAAGAAAUAUGGCUGAAUUCACACAAAAACUUAAAAAUUUUCUGGAAACCAAAAGUACAGUUAAAGUUCCUAUUAUUGGAUCACAAGAUUUUUGGGACAAUUCCAAUAAAAAUACAAGUAUUUCUAGUCUGAAAAUUUUGGAUGAUGUACCUGAUAAGUGUGAUGCUGAUAUAAUUGCUAAUAUAGAUCAAGUUUAUUUUAAUAAUGAUGAUUUUGAUUAUGCAAGAUUUGAACUAGAAAAACUACCUGAGGUUAUAGAUAAAAAAUUAACUUCUUAUGAUAUAAAAAAAUUGAAAGCGCAACAUGAGAUAGUAGAAAAACAAUUAUUACAGUUAAUUUUAGAGAAUCAAGCUGCAUGUGAUGAAGAAUUAGAUAAAAUUGAAAAAAUGCAAAAUAAUUUAAAAUCAAGUCUAGAAAACUGUGAACAUGCUAAAAACUGUUUGAAGCUAGCUAAGCGGCAAAUUACAACUGCAAGUUUAGGACUUUUAGGAAAUUGUCAAAAAAAAUCUGUCAUUAUUGACUUGUUAAACACAUUAAAUAGUAUUAAAAUUUUGUUUCAGGCUGAAAAAAAACUAGAGGAUUUAGUUUCAAAAGCUAAUUAUGCACAAGGGAUAACAUUAAUACUAGAAUGUAUACAAGGAGCAUCAACUUAUAAACAAUUUACUUGUAUAGCAGCUUUAUCUAUAAAACUCCAAGAUGCAUUAAUCAUGACUGAAGAACAAUUGGAUAUUGUGUUAUCAAAUAUGUGUUUUAACUUUGAUCACGAGAAGUAUUCUGCAAUUCAAGAAGCUUAUAAACGGUUAGGCAAAACAAGAAUUGCAAUUGAUCAACUUCACAUGCAUUAUAUUUCAGCAGUAUAUUCGGCUUCAUUUGAUACAAUCAACUUAUAUGUUGAUGUUGAACAAGUUGAAAAUUCUAAAAAUACUUUUGUACAAUUAUGUCAGUGUAUUCCUGAUGAACAGUUAAUUCCUUGUUUAGUUGCAUUGAGUAAAAUAUUUUGGAAUAUAUUGCAAAGUUAUAAAAAGGCAUCUGAUUGGCAUAAAGAUUUAAGAGAUGUUCAUUGCUUAAAUGAAGAUGACAUAGAAGAAUAUGUAAAUCAAGAAUAUAUAAACAAGAAAUUUGAAGUUGGUCCAGUAAGAUUAUGGGGGGAAAUUAUUACUAAAGUAUCUAACCUAGUAUUUAAUUCAAACAUAACUCAAUUCAAGUUUGAUGAUUUCUUACAAGUUUUAUCUAUAUUAAACAAGCAUAUUCAAAUUGGUGAAGAUUUUUGUAGUAGUAAAUCUGAGCAGCUACAAAAUGAUACAAAAAAAUUAUGCACUGUUUAUUUUCAAACAUAUCAUAAAAAGAGUUUAGAUGAACUAACUCUAUUUUUUGAAAAUGAAAGUUGGACUUUAUGUCCAGUAAAGCAAGAUUUCAACUUACUGCAAUUAAAAGAAUUUAAAUCAAUCAAAAAUCGUGUCCAAAAUAUUGGAAAUUUAUCUCAUAAUAGAAAUUCAUCACAAGAUAGUAGCUUAAUAAGCUCAUAUGAUUUGUUUCUUAGACCAGAUAAAUCACCAUUUGAUGAUGACUUGAAUACGACUUACAGCGAAGAUAUUUUAGAUACUGAAAUGGAUGUUAAUAGUGUUUGUAGUGAUGAUUCUAAUAAUAGCUAUGAAGAAGUAGACAACUGUAGUAUACCUACUGGAAAUAAAAAACAGAGCCCUUUGCUUACUAACACAACAUUAACAGUAAUGAGGCACUGUGGAAAAUAUUUAAAAAUGUGUUAUUUGUUAAAAUCAAUAUCUGAAAAUGUUGUAACUUGUUUAUGUCAACUAUUUGAGUAUUAUUUAUAUUCAAUUCACUUAUUGUUCACAUCUGAUGUAAUACCUACAAUUUUUAGAAAUGAGAGUAGCAUAAAACUUCAAUCAGUGAUUACUAGAAUACGUAACACUCUAGUGCAAUGUAACCUUGAAAAUGAAAACGAUGAAUAUUCAUAUGUUCGUGAACCAGAUGCUUUACAUAUGCUAAGUCUUGAAGAUGCAAAUAAUAUGUAUGGUGUUUCUGAACGAAUUGUGGCUGUAGAAUCUUUGGUAUUUUUAGCUGAACAAUUCAACUUGCUACAUGAUUAUCUUCAUUCAUUGAUAGUUACUGAUUCUGGUGUAUAUUCUUUACAACAAUUUUAUAACCAGACUGUAUCAGUAUCUAUGGAUUUAAGAAAACCAAUUUAUGGGCGUGUGAUUUGCAAAGCAAUUGACUUCAAUCAAGUAUUAAAUAUGAUGGUUAAAGUAAAUUGGGAAUUAAAAGAUAUUAUGUGUGAACAUAGCAGAUAUGUAGAUUAUUUUCUUCAAGAAAUAAGAGCAUUUUUCAAAAGCUUUAAAACAUCAACUUCAAAUAUUUUUAUAAAUGAACAUAUUUUAAAUUCAUUUUGGGAAUCAAUAGGAGUUCUUGUUUCAUUUGUUUUUAUUGAAGGAUUUUCAUUACCAAAAAAAUGUUCUAAUGCAGGACGAGCCUUGAUGCAACUUGAUUACACACAAUUUAUGUCUCAAAUAAAAUUAAUAUGUCCAAUUAGCCCUAUGCCUUAUAGUAAUCUUAUUGAAGUAUAUAUAAAAGCCUAUUAUUUACCAGAAACUUCAUUGGAAUCAUGGACUAGAGAUCAUCAGGAAUAUUCUCAUAAACAAUUAUUAUCAAUUAUUAAUUGUGUUUGUCAAAAUAAUAAAAGGCUGCGACAAAAAUUGACUGCUUUAUUAGAAGAGUUUGUUCAAAGAUGAGACAGAAUUUUUUUUAACACCUUCAAUAUGUUUUAUAACCAAGUAUAAUAAUGAAAUAUAUAUAUAUUUUUUUACUCAAUUGAUUUGGAAUAAUUAAUUAAAUUAAAUUAUUGUUAUUAUGUUUACUUAGUACUUAAUAUUUAUUGUUAUUCAUGCCAAUGAUUUAGUUAAAUUGUUUUAAGUUAUACUAAUAAGAAAUUUUAGAUCUGAAAAUCUCGAAAAUAUUGUUAUAGUUUAAUUUCAUUAAUUUUAAUUGUCAAUUAAAAAAAAUCUUUUUUUCAUUUUGAAGUAAAAUUUCUUUACAGGGGAUCUGAAUAAGGAAAUUAUAACGUUUGUUAUCAGGUUUGGCUAUCACAAGAUAUCUCUUUUGCAUCAAACAGAUUUUAUUGUUUUAUUAGUCUUUUAUACUAUCAUCAAUUAAUAAAAUUUUGCCCGUAUACCGAAUAAAACAAUAGAAUCUAUUUGUUGCAAAAAGGUCAGUCUAUGUAGGCCACACGUAAUGGCCAACCAUGAUGUACAAUAAUUGCGUCAAUCGAAUUCUAGUGUUCUAUUAGGUAUACAGUCAAAAUUUUAUUAUUCUAUGAAUGUAUAAGUUUAGUAAACAUGUAUGUUUGAUAAAUGUGUGCAUUUGAUAAACAUUUAUGUUUGACGAUUGUUUACUAUUUAUUGUAAUGAUAUAAAAAUAUUUUGAAUUUUGAAUUCAUACAAAUUAAUUUUUAAUAUUAAAAUAUUUAUUUUUUAUUUACAUCAACAAUUUAU